AUGGCUUCUCAGUUCACGGUCCGCAAGAAGGGAGCUCCCAACACCUUGGAGCACCGCGUCUACAUCGAGAAGGAUGGCGUGCCCGUCUCGCCCUUCCACGACAUUCCUCUCUACGCCAAUGCCGAGCAGACUAUCCUGAACAUGGUUGUCGAGAUUCCCCGAUGGACCAACGCCAAGCUCGAGAUCUCCAAGGAUGAGCUUCUCAACCCCAUCAAGCAGGACACCAAGAAGGGAAAGCUUCGAUUCGUCCGCAAUUGCUUUCCCCACAAGGGCUACCUCUGGAACUACGGUGCCUUCCCUCAGACCUGGGAGGACCCCAACGCCAUUCACCCCGAGACCAAGGCCCGUGGUGACAAUGACCCGCUCGAUGUCUGCGAGAUCGGCGAGCUUGUCGGCUAUGUUGGUCAAGUCAAGCAAGUCAAGGUUCUCGGUGUCAUGGCCCUGCUUGACGAGGAGGAGACUGACUGGAAGGUCAUUGUCGUUGAUGUCAACGACCCUCUGGCCCCCAAGCUCAACGACGUCGAGGAUGUCGAGCGCCACCUCCCCGGCCUUCUCCGUGCCACCAACGAGUGGUUCCGUAUUUACAAGAUCCCCGACGGAAAGCCCGAGAACCAGUUCGCCUUCACCGGCGAGUGCAAAAACAAGUCCUAUGCCAUGGAUGUGAUUCGCGAGUGUGGUGAGGCUUGGGACCGACUGAUCACUGGCAAGACCCAGCCCGGUGACAUCUCGAUCCAAAACUUGACCGUUGCCAACUCGCCUUCCCGCGUUAGCUCGAACCAGCUGCCUCCCCUGCCCCCGAACGAGGAACUUAUCCCCGAGAAGAUCGACGCGUCGAUCGACAAGUGGUUCUUCAUCAGUGGUGCUGCGGCAUAA